AUGUCUCCUGCUCACCAUGCCGGCUUGGUGAUGCGAAACCACUUCCGCCGGGAUGUCGUCCCCUCACAUCGUCUGCCGUUUUUGGCCCCCAGUGCCACCUCUAUAGUUGCUGAGCUUCCAUCCCUCGUGGCAAGAGCCGAAGAAUCUGGGAGGACGACGGGUGAAAAGCCUACCAGCAACCUGACCACGACGGUCUUGCCAGUCGUGCUCGGUGCAGGUGUACCCAUUCUGUGUGCUAUCAUUGUUCUCAUCGUGCUUCACCGGAGACACGUCAAGAAACUUCUGCGGGAAGAUGCAAACGAUAAACAUAAAUCUCUCGAUUUCGGAAUGGACGAAGUGGGGCCUGCCACCAGGAGAGGACCACAUGGAAGAAUGCCACCGAUGUCAGAACCCAAUCAUACCAAAGGGUUGUCACUGGAUGUCGGCCCGUACUUGGUACCUCCUCCGGGUCUGCAAGGUGCAUCUCCGGAAUCUUUGCGCUCCAUGUCAAUUGAUGACGGCAAGUACCGUCCGGCCACUGCUUCCAUUCGGUCAUAUUCCAGGAACAACAACCACGACGAUGCAUCGAGCUUCGUCGGUUCCCGACUUGACGGCCCGGAUGAUGGUAAAUCAGGUCUUCUUGUGAAUGCACAGAGGAUGUCCCGUUCAUCUCCGCCGCUGUACUCUCCCACUGAGUCUCGUGGACCCAGUUCGUUGGGCCAGCAUCAUGACUACCUUGGACCGGUUCCGGGGUUGUCGCCUCCACCUCCUGCAGUGCAACCCGGGAUGGCUAUCGGAAGUCCUACCGCUGAAAGGAUUCCCUCGCCAGAGCCACUACCUCAUCUGGACACCACCUCCGGCCUUGACUUCGGACUGGACAACACGACAUACAACGCCUACACCAGUCCGCCCGAAGAGCGCCUGAACUUCCCGCUGCCUGAUCCCACUCAAUCUGCCCACGGGGAGCAUGGCCAGAUUCCUGCAUCACAGCUUCCUCGUAUUUCCCUGCCGGCCAGCGAUGUUACCACUAGUGACUAUGGCGAUGACCGCAAGUCGCAGUACACUCUCCCUGCGGUCAACAUCCAUGACACAGAAGAUGUGCGCCAUGAUACCUUAAACAAUGACAACAAACUCCCAGACCUUCCAGAGGACCCGAACAAUCUGGAUGCGGCAUAUGAUAACCGCCGCGACACCCGCCGGAUGACUCUCGGUCUGCGCCCCUUGCCUCCAGAAGACCCUGCCGACAACCCCGAACAGCGUGCCAAUCGAAUCCGCUCCUUCUACAAGGAGUACUUCGAUGAGAGCAAGCGGGAGACAACCUACUACGAGGACUUCGGCCCGGAGUUCUACGAGGGUGGUGGUGCAGGCGGUUUCAUCUACGAUCCCACCACGGGAGACUACUACGAUGCCGCUCCUGUCGCUCCGUACGCCGAGCCGGUCACCCGCCGCGCAAUGACACCGCCACCUCGCGCUCCUCCCCGCUUCCAGGGAGCCGCCCGCCACAUGGCCACCAACUCCGCCGGCUUCAACGACUACCCCGGCCCGCGCGCAUUCUCCUCCGCCUCCGGCCGCAUGCCCGGUCCCCGCGGCGGCUUCAGGAAGCCCAUCCCUCCUCCUUCGCCGCUGGCUGUCCUCCCCACUCCUCACAUGUUGACCGACGACGCCAUCUUCAGCGCCAUGGACUUUGCACCCGCGCAUGGCUACAAGGACCGCCGUGAAGGUCGUCCCGAGACCCCCACUGGCGGCCUUCGACCCUACAGCCCUGCCGUGCGUGCCCACACCCCGCUGGUCUCUGCUUUCGAAGAGCUCUCCGUUAUGCCCAGUCCCCACGCUCUGCGCAAGUCCGGCACGUUCACCAACCUGGAUUUCGUGCCUCCGCCCCGGUUCAAGAACGAGGGCACCGGCAGCGAUGCGGGUAGUAUCCGCAGUGCUCGCAGUGCGGUCUCUGCUGCUCACCAGAAUAACAUCCGCAUGGGCAACUACCGCGUCAGCCGCUUACCGGCCGAGGCGGUUGGCACUAAGGACGAUAUGAUGGCCUCUCUGCGUCCGAAGUGGGAUAUGAACAACACAUAA